AAAAUGGAGGGAAGUUAUCGGACGGAGUUUGCCUCUGUGGUGACGACUGGGGCGGAGACACGUGCUCUGAAGCAAAUUUCUGCAGAGCCGCUAUUCUAGAAGGACUCAAAUUCCCACGCACACCUGUUAGCUGGUUCUCGUAUUCUGAGGAAGUCUGUGCCGAAGGAACCAGCGCUGCUGGAAAACCUCAGGGUGCCACCAGAUGUUCCAACAACAAUGGAUUACUGGGAUUCCAAAAGCCACAGCUUCUCCGGUGUGACCAGACGCUCAGCGACAUUCUGCAAAAUCUCACCACUGUGGGAAAUCCUGAGAUGUUAGCGACUAGCGCUCAAAUUCUGACGUCCAGACCUGAAGAGCUGACGACUGAAGACGUGACGGCGGCCGCUGAGAUCGCCAACACACUGCUGCUGUCUCCAAACGCCACAGAGAGUGUCAGGAUGUCAGCAAUAGCCACAGUCAGUCAGCUGCUCAACGCCAGCACUCUGGACAACGCCGAGGAAAACAACGCCACUCUGAGCCUGACGCUGACUCUGGAUCAGCUGUCUCUGAGUCUCAGCUCUGACCUGAGAACGUCCAGGUCUCAGAUGGUUCAACCGAACCUGGUGCUGCAGUCGACUCAAGUGGCUGCUGCCGACACUCAAGGAGUCCAGUUCACGUCGCUCACAGGAACAUCUGGCAAUUUUGUACCUGAUCGGAUUCAGCUGAACACCAACACGUCAACCGUUGUGGUGGAAAACGGGUUCAAAGCCGACGCCCUGAUAUACAUAAAGUUUCCACCAGAUGCUGCAGACAGAAAUCAGAAGCAGUCACACAUCUCCGUGGGUUUUGUCCUCUACCAGAACGAUCGUUUUUUCAGGUCGGCGCUCUACAAGAGACGUCACACCACCAUCAGGGUCCUGUCGGCCAGCGUCACAGGACAGAGGCACAGAGUGGUGCCGCAGCAUGUGGAGAUGAUGUUCACACCAACGUUAAAGGACGGGACGUCUCUGUACGAUUUCGCCUGCGUCUCCUGGAACUACACUUUAGAAGACUGGAGCACCGCCGGCUGCUCCAAAGAAAAUGCCUCAGACGGCGCCAUGAGAUGUUUCUGCAAUCACACCACCAACUUCGCCGCUCUCCUGACCUUCAUAGAGAUUUACAAGUACGCUGAGGAUCUGGGUUUGAUUUCAAUCUUAGGCUCUUCAGUCUCAGUCCUUGGUUUGGUUGUGACGGUCAUCAGUGUCAUAAAAGACAAGAAGUCACUUCAGAAGAACCCGGAGGUAAAGGUCGCCCUCCUGAGCAUCUGCAGCAGCCUGCUCAGCUUCAUCAUCAGCUUCCUCUCUGGAGCUGUUCAGUCAGAAAAAGCGGACGAUAAGUUCCCGAUCGUCACCCAGUCCAACGACAUUCCAUCCACUGACGAACACAAGGAACCGGACCGCAUGUCAUGUACCUUGGUGGCUAUUCUGCUCCACUUCUCCCUGCUGGCGACGUUCAUGUGGAUCAGCUUGUAUGGUCAUCUGAUGGUGAAGCUGCAGAAGGACUCCAGACCGCCUCAGUACUGGACUAAACUCAGCUUUACUCUCGGAUGGGGACUCCCUGCCGUUGUCGUGGGGAUCACACUGGCUGUCACCUAUCGCCCGGACAAUCCUCUGGCGUACAGACAAGAGGAAUUUUGUUGGCUCGCAGCUCUGGACAAGAACAAACACUUUGACUUUGGGAAACCGAUGUUCUGGGGUUUCAUCCUUCCAAGCACUUUGAUCCUCAUCUACAAUUUCAUCAUUUUGACUCGCAUCUCUCUGAGGACGUGCAGGAAACGUCCCUGCCCGUCCAGCUCCAGUUUUCCUAUGGCAGUGUUAGUGGGUUUGUCUUUUGCUUUUGGAUACAUCAUCCUCAACACCACAGACGAUACAGUCUUCAGGGUUUUAUUCGGCAUCAGUGGCAUCACACUGGGAUUUCUAUUUUUCAUCCUCUUCACUGCCACAACGCCGUCCUUCAGAGACUCUGUCUCGGGCUCUGUCAAGUAUGUCUCCUCGGUCAAGAUGCCACCGGUCAACAUCAAACUUUCAAGCAACAAGAAGUACAACUUGCAGAGGCCCAAGGAGAAGACCACCAGCCAAGACAGCUACAGAUCCUUGAGUGAGGACACGUACGUCACCACACAACUGUAGGAACCUUUCAGUUCACUGGUGACAGAUGUGAGACCUGAAGAACCUCUUCUGCUCAAAGACAAACACUGGACAUGUGAACUCUGAAAUUAACAUCAAACAUGGACGGAGAUCCAGAGUGAAGCUCCAUCAAUCCACGGCAGCUUAUUUAAAGAACAACUGAUGAUCAAUAAUCAGCAGGAACCUUUAACGAAGAAUGAAAUGAAGUAUUACUCAGCUGCUCAACACUGAUGCACUGAAUUCACAGAAAUCCAACUGGACACCAGGGGGCAGCCUUUAGUCUAUUUUAAAUCUCAUGCAUGUGACUGAUGAAUAAUGUAAUAAUAACCCUCAUUAUAGGAAGUAAGUAAUAUAAUGAACUGCAGCUUUUAUUAAUCUGAAUUCUUCUGUUUCACUGAACAUGACACCAACACAGCUGAAUUAUUGGAUUAUUGUGUUAAAGCAGAUUAAGUUAGAUUUCACUUUAUCUCCAAACAAAUAAUGAUCUCGAUAAAAUUGAUUGAUAUCAGCUUCAUUAAAAUAAUCAAUAAUUAAAUAAUUCUAAACUUCUUAUGAUCAUUUACAAAACGCUGCAUCAUGUGUACUUUUGUUUUUCAGACAUUGUGCCGUUGACACAUUUUUACUGAAGUUAGAUUUUAUCAUGAAGGAACUUGUAUUUUACAUUUAUUCACAAUGAUCACGAUGUUUGAUGUGAAAAUUGAGACAACUUGUGAUGAUAUGGGAUGUACAUAUAAUUUGAUAUAUUUUAGACUGAUGACCUGAUGUAAAGUGAUAUUACAGUUGACUCACAACAGGGUUUUAAAUAAAUGAAUUAUUGUAAAUAAUGACUGAACA